AGUCUUAUUUUUUAAAGUAACUAAAUGUCGUUACUUAGGCUUGGAGCACACCACAGGACCUAUAAGACUAACAAAGUACAAGACUUCAAUGUACGACGAAUCUACCGCCACCCUAGCUACCACAGCCCUGUCCGGUAUGCUCAUGACAUUGCCUUGCUGCGACUGGACCGACCAGCCCAAAUUAACGGUGCGGUGCAACCAGUGUGCCUACCAAAUAAAGGCGACCAACAGGGACGACAAUGCACAGUAACAGGGUGGGGUCGACUUAAACAUCUUGGUGCUUCUCCAGACUACCUCAUGCAGGUUAGCGUACCUAUCGUACCGUACAGUACAUGUCAGAAAACCUAUCCAGGAAGGACCCACAAGAGCAUGAUGUGUGCAGGUCUGAUUGCCGGUGGCAAGGACGCGUGCCAGGGUGACAGCGGAGGGCCAUAUGUGUGUAAAAACAGGAAUGGCAGAUGGUACUUGGAGGGCGUCGUCAGCUGGGGUGAUGGAUGUGCCUGGGCGAAUAAGCUGGGAGUGUAUGCCGAUGUCCGUUAUCUAAGGGACUGGAUAGAGCGAGUAACGGGAAUAUAAAGGAAGGCCCGGCCCAGCUGUAACUAUGUCUUCACAUAGUUAACUAUGUAAUGAAUCAUAGAAUAAAAUAGCUCAGUGUUGGGCCUAUUACUAGU